AUGUCCUUCUCACGACCGCUUUCCAUCACAUCGUUGGAUGCUACUAUUACCGGCACCUGCUCUGAGUCUGAUUCCAUCGACGAGCGUUCGCCAAUUGUUUUCGAUUCCGUCGACAUUUGCUUGCCAGUUGACUACAAUUCCGUCGACAAGCGCUCUUCGGCUCAACCAGGAGACUAUUCAAACUUCAGUCCGGCGUUCACCCGAGACACUUUUUUGCUUGAAGAGCUACACGACUUUAGAAUCCUAAUUACCGACGAACUCAUUCGCUUCGCCAGAAGCGCCAGCGCUGCCAACAAAGCGGAUCGAAAUCAACGACUGAGAUUGUACAGCCGCGUUGAAGACCUGUUUUCGACCCUCCAUAUGCAUCAACUGGGCCCGCCUAUGGAACUUCGAAGGGCUCUCAUCCAGGCUAAAGGAAAGGAAGAAAAGAUAAAAGAUAAAGAAGAGAUGGUUGUCUUCCACAAGAAAGUUGAGGCACAAUCAGGGGAAGUGACUGAAGAGCAUGUGUCAGAAAUUAAGGCCCUUGUAGAAAACCAAGGUAUGUAA